AUGGACCUCGAGACCGGCGAGCCGCCAAAAUUGUACGGCGUCAACCUUCAGCCACCGGCACCGUUCGACUUCGCGAACCCGGCAACAUGGUCGACAUGGCUCAGCCGCUACGAAGACUUCACCGCGGUUUCGGGACUGACAAAAGCGUCGGAAGACGUGCAGGUACGCUCGCUACUGUACUGCAUGGGCCCGGAGGCACGUCCGCUCCUCGAGACAUUCUCGCUCGACGGCCAGUCGCUCGCCUCGUACCAAGUCGUUGCCGCCCGCUUCACUGAGCACUUCGUGCACCCAGCCAACGAGCUCUACGAGUCGUCGCGGUUCCACAGGCGUGUUCAGCUACCCGGCGAAAGCAUCGACACGUACUAUGCGGAACUGUGCAGAAUGGUGAAACGCUGCAACUACCAGUCAGCUGCUGUCGAGGAAAGGCUCGUACGCGACCGGUUCGUCGUCGGCCUCCGUGACUCUCGCCUCUCGGGUCAGCUGUGCCGAAACGCGAAGCUGACGCUCAAGGACGCAUGGACACAGGCCCGUCAGUCCGAAGACGCCGACAAAGAGAAGGAGUUGACCCAGAACCGCACCGAGCACACACGCGAGCUCAACCUCGACGCUGCGAAAGCCAGCAAGUUCGCCUCUCGUCGCCGCUCCGGAGCUAAGCCUACUACGUCGCAGCCGCCAGCCGAGCGCGCUCGCGAGCCGUCCACGUGUGAAUUCUGCGGCCGCGCGCCUCACCGACGUUCGGACUGCCCGGCUCGACGCUCCGCCUGCAACUUCUGCAAAAAGAAAGGCAACUUCGCUGAAGUUUGCCGCUCGCGGAAGCACCAGCAGAACAAGCUCGGCUCCGUUCACCUGCAUGCCGUCGGCACUCCCGCCGCUCAAAGACUGCCAGCGCUCCAAGCCCUGAAAGUCGUGAAAUUUCUUGACGAACUCAAGACUCCCAAAGCAACGCUGCACGCCGAGCUCUUCAAAGGAUUGGGCACUCUCAAAGACGAGUACGCUAUUCGGGUGAAACCCGAUGCCGUGCCCUUCUCGCUAAGCGUCCCCCGCAGGAUCCCCAUCCCGCUGCUCGAGGUCGUCCGCCGCGAGCUGGACAAAUUGGAAAGCGCGGGAGUGAUCCGCAGGAUCGACAAGCCAACUCCAUGGUGCUCUGGCCUCGUUGUCGUCAGGAAAGACGAUGGUUCCUACCGGCUAUGCGUCGACAUGACUCAACUCAACAAAGUCGUCCUCCGUGAACGGCAUAUUUUGCCAACGGUUCAGCAAGUCCUUGGCCUCCUCGGUGACGCAACAGAUUUCUCAAGGCUGGAUGCGACCGCAAGCUUCCACCAGGUAAAGCUUUUUGCCGAUUCCCAAGAGCUGACGACAUUCAUCACCCCAUAUGGCCGAUACUGCUAUUGCCGGCUCCCCUUUGGCAUCACCUCCGCUCCCGAGUACUUCCAGAAACAGAUGGCAAGGAUCCUGGAGGGCCAAGAAGGGGUCGCCAACAUGAUAGAUGACAUUCUGGUUUUUGGACGCACCCGCCAGGAGCAUGACGCCAGACUGAGCCAGGUGCUAUCUCGCCUUGCAAAAGCAGGCAUUACAUUGAACGAGGACAAGUGUCGCUUUGGGUUAUCUGAGGUCUCCUUCCUUGGUGUUGUCGUCUCAGCUAAGGGUAUGAGGCCGGAUCCAAGCAAGGUUGAAGCGGUCAAAGCUAUGGAAGCUCCCACAGACGUCGCCGGUGUUAGACGACUGCUUGGAAUGGUGAAUCAUCUCGCCAGAUUCCUGCCACACAUCUCGGACGUCACAGCACCCAUCAGAGCCUUGCUGAACAAGUCUGCGAGCUGGGUGUGGCAGCAUGAGCAAGAGGUAGCAUUCAAGAAAGUCAAAGAACUCCUGACGUCAGACAGGUGCAUGGCCAAGUACCACCCGUCGUAUGCCACAACAGUGUCUGCAGAUGCAAGCUCUGAUGUGAAGUGGCAAAUGUAG